AUGGUUGGGUAUUCAUGCAUAACCUGCAAAGCAAAGACGUUUAGAGAGCUUUGGAACAAACUUUUGAGUGCCAACACUGCAUGGCUCAUCGAUGUUAUCAUUUUUCUGAACGGCUGGAUUACGCUGGUUUGCUACAUUAUCUUGAUCGGCGACUUCAUGAGCAAGUCCUUCCUUGGGUUGCUGGGUCCGGACCACCUGCUCACAAAGAGCCGGGUGUUGAAUCAAACUGUUAUCACAGCCAUGGUUUUGCUUCCUCUGUCUUUGGCAAGAGACCUGCAUGUAUUGGCGUACACCUCCAUUCUCGGUCUCGGGGUGUUGGUCUAUGUUGUGAUCCUAGUUAUCCAUGAUUCCUGGAUGAACUCCACCAGUAUCAGUCACGACACCCCGCUGUGCGAAUGGAACAUGGGUAUUUUUGAGGCCAUCUCUCUUUACACGAAUGCUUUCGUCGCCCACUACAAUGCCCCGAAGGUCUUUGCGGAACUGGCAAACCCAACUUACGAGCGCUGGACGCUCUUGGUAGCGAUUGCAUAUGGCAUCGCUUUCGCGGUAUAUGCCGAGAACUAUGGGCCCUAUGUGCACGUGCUGAUCGCAUGGCUGGGCAUGGGUUUUUCCAUUGCGUUCACCUAUCCACUGGUCUUCAACUCGGCACGCGAGGCUGCCACACAUCUGCUCAGCAUGGCCCGGGAGCAGCUCCAGGCAACAUCUUGCGGCUCGGCGCUCUGCGAGGCCUUCAGCUCACGGGUGCAGCAUCUGCAGGCCGCCUGGAACAGUGGGUGGCGCCGCUCACCCCGAAGCCCUCCAGCCAAGAAGAGGCCUCACCAGCCUGGCACGAAGACUACUGUCGCGCUGGUGUUCCUGACCUACAUCAUUGCCAUCCGCUGUGAAGAUGUGGGCGUGGCCAAUGCUCUGGCCGGUUCUGUGAUGGGAUGUUUGAUCUGCUUCUUCCUCCCCGGUUUGCUCUUUUUCUUGACGGUGUCGGUGCAGCUCCGGAGCCGGGUCGGUCUGCCACAGCCGCUCCUGGGAAAAGGAGCUCCGAAACCUGGCCCUGCGCUGUACUGGAAGCUGCGCCUUGCCCAGGCUGCGGGCGCAGUCACCGCCUUCAGCGGCGUGCUAUUCACCAUCAUUGGUACAGAGCGGACCCCAGAGUCGCAGCUGUCCUGGGACUCGAGUCCGGUGAGCCCCUUGGACAUGUUGGCUUCCAGCCUCUCCGCUACCAUCUCGCCCUAUGCCGUGCCGCAGGGUGGAUUUCUCCUCUUCGCCAGCAGCAGCGCGCGCGGCAUGCCAGGGGGUCUGAUGUUGCGGCGGAUUACUUUCUACAACACCAUGCUUGGCAGCCAGCAGGUCGAGGAGCAGUACUUGAACUCCCGCUACCAGCGGGAGAAGAAGCCUCCUCCGCAGCAGCUGGCGCUCAGCCUUCGCCCCAAGAGGUUCGGCGAUGAAGAAGCCGGGCACCUGGCGAAGACUCCUGCUACGGACGGAGUUGCGUCUAUUUGCGCAGCUCGGGGUCCUCCUUCACCCUGA